GAAAAAAUCGAUUAUGUCAGAAGGAUUCCUUGACCGACGCCGGUUCCUCUGAAAACAAGUAUUAAUAUGAUAACAUGGGAGGAUGAAUAGAUCUUUGAUCUGAAUGCACACAAUUAGACCUUCGACCUCUUGCCAGGCACAUCAAUCAGUCAAUCAAGCACCUACCAUCUAGUGAAGAUGCCUCUCUCCGGUACCAAUCCUCUGUUGUCUUACUGGUCCAUGCACUGCGCGUCCGGUGCACUGGCCGUUGCCUUAGGAGCUUUUGGCGCGCAUAAGCUCAAAUCAACGUUGACGGACCUCAAAAUGCUAGAUGUCUGGGAGACCGGUGUCAAAUACCAUUUUGUACACACGUUGUUGGGGUUAUUUGCAGUGAUGCAUAGGGAACAAGAGGUGAAGAAGGGCACGACGCACGCGAACACGAGUAACAUAGGAGCGGGGUUGUGUUUGCUAGGCAACCUGUUUUUCGCUGGGAGUUUGUAUGGAAUAGUCCUGACAGAUGUUAAGAAAUUAGGAAUAUUAACGCCAAUAGGAGGAUUGAUGUACAUAGCCGCAUGGGUUUGUGUUGCGGCUGAUAGGUAAUUCGUGGGCUCCUCAUUGUCAUAUAUCUUGGUCUUGCGAUCGAGAUGAGUAUCGUUUAUCGUUUCUUUCAGUGUAGUAAUCGGAUAUUCUUUGCAGGAUGCGUGUACAACCAACUCGUGAUGUAAUUUCACUAGACAU